AUCCAACCGGGGCACGCUGGUGCUGGAAGCCGCCAUGAAGAGUGCCCUGCUGGCCCUGGAACGAGCCCUGGCCGAACAUUCGCAGCGGCUGCGGGAAUGCGAGGAUUGCGUGCCCUGCCUCUUCGGGGACUGCGGCAACCAGACCGGGGAAUGCACCCCCCUGGAGUCCCCGUCCAGCUCCCUGCCCAGCUGUGAAGCUGUCUUGCAAGCCCAGGCCACCCCUGAGCAGCCUGCAAGGAACUGGGCCCUCAGCAAACUCUGCGCUCCUUACCGGCGCCUGUGUUUGGGCUGGGAACGGGGCACAGAGGGCUGCCUCCGCCUCAUGGCCGAACACUGCCAGCUCCGCCUCCAGGAAUGCCGGCUGGAAAGUGACAUGGACUAUUUGAACACAGUGGCCGACCAGUCUGCUCCAGGCUCAUGCGGGCGCCGGGCCAUCCUAGCCCCCAAUGCGACGAUGGUGAAGGGCAAGAUUGUGGGCGGCCACAGAGCCUGGCCCGGGGCUUGGCCCUGGCUGGUGUCGGUCCGGCUCAACGGGGAGCUGAUGUGCGGUGGGGUGCUGGUGGGGGAUGACUGGGUCCUCACGGCGGCUCACUGCUUCUCUGGAAGCCGGAAUGAGUUGGCGUGGUCAGUGGUACUGGGCGACUACGACCUGACAAAGCCGGACGAAGGUGAGCGGGUGGUGCCUGUCAGUCGCAUCCUUUCCCAUCCCAAGUUCAACCCCAAGACCUUCCACAACGACGUGGCACUGCUGCAGCUGAGUAGACCUGUGGCCCCCUCAGCCUGGGUGACCCCGGUGUGCUUGCCAGAGAGACCCGCGGACCUGGGCCCGGGGAUGCUCUGCUACAUUGUUGGCUGGGGCUCGCUUUACGAAGAUGGACCAGCAGCUGACGUGGUGAUGGAAGCCCGAGUGCCUGUGUUGACCCAAGAUGUCUGUCGUGGCACGCUGGGGCGGCAGCUGUUCACCAAUGCCAUGUUCUGUGCUGGGUACCUUUCUGGGGGCAUCGACUCUUGUCAGGGAGAUUCUGGGGGCCCUCUGACUUGCUGGGACCCUCUGUCUGAGCAGUACGUGCUGUAUGGGAUCACCUCCUGGGGCGAUGGCUGCGGGGAGCGAGGGAAGCCCGGCGUCUACACCCGUGUCACGGCCUUCACAGACUGGAUCGAUCAGCAGCUACAGAAUUUGCCAUCCAGCCGGGAACCCACUUGCUUUGAGUUGCUCGCGCUGGCCCGGAUGCCCCAGGAAAAGCAGUGGGCAGAGCUCAGCCAUCUUUGUGCCUUCUACGCGCAGCCUUGCCCCUCAUCUGCCGGCCCAGAGGUCUGCGCCCAUGCUGCAGAAGAGAAAUGCAAGCUGAAAAGGCAGCAGUGCGAGCUGCAGUCCUAUGCUCAGAGCCUGCUGGAGUUCUUGCGCCGGGCCGAGGAGUUUUUCCGGACGCAGAUCGACUUCUCGUUCUUCACCCACUCCCUCCCGCAAUACAUGGAGCGACUUUACCGGCAUCUCUUCCCUGCUCGGGCGCGCCAGGAAUCCGCAGGUUGUUACCCACCCUGA